AAAUCCUCAAUGUGACUUCCAUUGCUUGUGUGUGUAUACAACAGUGUGAAAGUAGCUGUAUUAAGUCUUCAAAAAUGUUUCUUACGACUGUGAAUUUGGCCAAGGCAAAGUCAAAAACCAUCCUGGUGCAGAUGAUGAGCGCUGCAGGAACAGGUUACGUCUUCAACACCAAGAGGAACCGUCUCCGAGAUAAACUGGUGCUGCGUAAACACGAUCCAUUAGUGAACAAACACGUCCUGUUUUUUGAGAAGAAGAAAAUCAGAUCAAUUUAACGACACGCAAAAAUAUAUGGACAGAAACCUACAAGGUUGAAAGGGACUAUUUCUGUUCUUGUGGAUCAUACAGUCAACAUUUGUGAUCAACGUUCUCCUGUGCACUCUGAAGAUUUGUUCUUGGAUUCGAAUGUGGAUGCAGCCAAGCAUCCACAAAGUAUUUAUUGUCAAACUAGUCACCAUACGAUGCAGUUACUAUACAGAAUACAAUAUGGUUUUUGAUCAGAUCUGUACAGAAAUGUAAAUCCAUGAUAAUGAGUCAGUCAUAUUAAAACAAGGUAAUAUGAUCUGUUUAA